AUGUGUAAAGUCUUCCUAGCCAACUUGGGAGAAACCGGACUUCGAUGGUUCGAUCGACUCCCUGCUGGAUCGAUUCAUGGCUGGAAGCAGCUCUCCGAAGAGUUUCUAGCCAGAAAGGAGCAGGAGGAAACGCUGCGCAGUUACGCUAGGAGGUACUGGGAAGAGUACAACGACCUGGAGAAAAAUGUGUGCAGCGAGCAGAUGGCCGUUAUGUCUUUCAAACAUGGCCUGCGCCCAGAAAGUAAGUUUAGACAAUCACUUACCAAGUGCCCGGCCACAGCAUUGAAAGACUUGCGUGCCAGGAUUGAUCAGUAUGCUCGCCUCGAAGAUGAUCAGAUCCCCAUCGAGUUAGCAUCAGCAGAACAAACAGCUCGGCACAAGAAGAGAACAGAUCGAGGAGAGCACCGAGGGAUCACAGUGAAUGAAGUGGAUAAGUCCAAACCUCACAAAGCUGUUGUAACCGUAUUCAAAGAGCCGAUCUAUCGAAUCCUGGAAAAAAUCAAGAGAGAGCCCUUCUUUGUCUGGCCACCGAAAAUGUUGGGAGAUCCUGCUCGGCGCAAUCAAAAGCUCAGAUGCACCUAUCACCAAGAUAGGGGGCACAUGACUCAGAACUGUAGGGCACUAAAACAACACUUGGAGGAUUUGGUAGCAGCUAGGCACCUCCGGGAUUACAUUGAUCAGGAUAAAAAAGUGACCGAACCGGGAAACCCACCACCAAAACCAAAUAUUGAGCACCCACCUCGGUUGAUAAUAAAUGUGAUCCAUGGGACAGCGACUCAGGAACCUGAGGAGACACUAAGAGAAGAGAUUACUAAGGUUGUGCAAAUCCAACAGGUCAUGUCAGUAGAGCCUGCAUCGAAAAAGGUACGCACGACACCUAAAUCCCCCUUGUGUACUAUUUCGUUUACUAGAAAGGAUUUAGAAGGCACACAGCACCCACAUACUUAUGCACUAAUUAUAACUGUGGGAAUUGAGAAACGAUUUGACGUAAAACGAGUCCUGGUAGAUCAAGGCAGUGCCGCAGACAUAUUGUAUUAUGACUUGUUGAGAAAGCUUGGUCUCUCCGAGCAGCACCUCACCCCAACGGCAGCCCCGUUAGUUGGCUUCAAUUCAUAG